UUUCCCGGACGUCAUUCAUUUUCACCGGGCCUCAAUAGGCACCUGUAUUCACCUUCGACGCUGGUGGUGAAGGCGUGAAAAAAACAGCCUGAAGGAGCUGCAGAGAGGCGCGCUGGUUCCUCUCAGAGACGUUCGCUUUCUUCUCUCUCUUCUGUUCUUCUCGCCGUUGCAAAAUCGUGUCGUUGCUUCCCAGACCACCUCCCCCCCUUCAACCACGACGAGACAAGACGAGCGAAUCCUCCUAAUGCGCCUACGAAACGAACCCUGACAUUACAUAUUCUUUGAUCGGUUUUAAAGCUCAUUUCCGAAUCCUGCGUUGUUCUACCUCGAAAAGCGGGUUUUCCUUUCGCGAAGCCCAGCUCAGCACACCAUGUCGCCAUCAACCUCCCACGUUUCCAGCCAGAUGAGGCAGCUCAUCUACUACCAUCUUGACAACAAUAUGGUCCGCAACGCGCUCUUCAUCGCCGGUCGCCUCUACGCUCACGAGCCGCGAUCCUCGGAGGCGGCGUACCUCCUAGCGCUAUGCUACCUCCAGAACGGGCAGCUGAAGGCUGCCUGUGAUUACAGUCGAACCGCCGGGUCCAGGGGCACUCAUUUGGGCUGCUCAUAUGUUUUUGCCCAGGCGUGUUUGGAUAUGGGGAAACAUAUCGAGGGGAUUACUGCGCUUGAGCGAAGCCGCCCCCUCUGGGUUUCCAGAAACCACUGGAACAAACACAAUGAAACACGCAGACAGCAUCUACCAGAUGCAGCGGCGGUUCUGUCUCUGCAGGGAAAGCUGUGGCAGGCGCAGAAGGAUUUGAACAAGGCGGUGGAAUGCUAUGUCGAGGCUUUGAAACUGAAUCCGUUCAUGUGGGAUGCUUUCCUCGGGCUUUGCGAGACUGGAGUCAACGUCCGGGUCCCAAACAUUUACAAAUUGACCCCUGAGCUGGCUGCAAUGGCAGCAGCAAACUUUCAGUUUGACAUUGACUCGCCGAUCGACAAAGCGUCUGCUGGGCCCUUGCAGGCGCAGUCUCACACAAAUCCCACGUCAGAUCCGUUCAUGGCAUCUUCUGCCCGGCACGAUGUCGGGGCCACCUAUGGAAGCUCUGCAUUGUGGGAGAAGUUGAAUGGAAGCACCGUCAGUGUGGCGUCGGUGGGAGCUUCCGGUAUUAAUGAAGGUGCCGAGACCCCCGGCGCUCAAAGCAGCGAGUCGGAUGAGUUCCGCAUUGCAAAUGGCAUGGAAAGCAACGAGGGUCCCUGGGAACCCCCUCUGGCACCGGCACGUAAGAAUCGGACUAUCCAGCCGAUGGGAGUGGAGUACGCCAUGGAACCCCCGCCUAGGAUGAAGUCGACAGGCAUCAGAUCACGCACAAGGGCCAGGGUUGAACCAGAGGAACACUUGUUGGCCCAGGCAGAGAAAGAGGCACAUGCCGCUCCUCGGAUAGGGGAUCGUAAACGAACCGUCUCUGGCCAGGUUGCUCACCCGGCCCAGCCGUCCGAACCAGGAGCUCCGCAGCGACGCAGUGUCCGCCUUUUCAAUCAGAUCAAGCCGACCACCAGCAAACUGGCGAGCAGCACCCUGGGUGGUAAAGACGGGCGAGAGCUCAAAAAGGUCAAGGCAACGGGCGUCAAGGGACGCACUGCGGCUUCCCACGCGGGUCGAGUCGUGAGUGGGAAUCGCAAGCAUCUCAGCGAGAGCUCAGAGGCGGAUAGCAAGGAGCAUCGUCCUAUACCUCCUGUGCAUGCCACUCUCCCCACCACCUCCCUCAAGACUGCAGCCAACGAACAAGCCAAAAGUGUUGACGCUCUGGGCUGGAUACUAGAGCUGUUUUCCAAGCUCGCAGCAGGAACCUUUGCGCUCAGCCGCUACAGGUGCCCCGAGUCCAUCCAGAUCUUCAGUUCGCUCUCGCAGGCCCAGAGAGAGACGCCUUGGGUGCUGGCACAGAUCGGCCGUGCAUAUUACGAGCAGGCCAUGUACGCAGAGGCGGAAAAACACUACUUCCGGGUUAGGGCGCUCGCGCCAUCGCUCAUGGACGAUAUGGAGAUUUACUCGACUGUCCUCUGGCAUUUGAAAAACGACGUGGAACUUGCCUAUCUGGCGCAUGAGCUGAUGGAGGUCGACCGCCUCUCCCCCCAGGCCUGGUGUGCAAUUGGUAAUUCCUUCUCCCACCAACGCGACCACGACCAAGCCCUCAAGUGCUUCAAGAGAGCGACACAGCUGGACCCUCGUUUUGCGUAUGCUUUCACUUUACAGGGCCAUGAAUACGUCGCCAACGAGGAGUACGACAAGGCCAUGGAUGCGUACCGCCAGGGCAUCGGCGCCGACAACCGACAUUACAAUGCCUGGUACGGACUGGGCACCGUCUACGACAAGAUGGGCAAACUGGACUUUGCCGAACAGCAUUUCCGCAACGCCGCGAGCAUCAACCCGACAAACGCCGUCCUCAUCUGCUGCAUCGGCCUCGUCCUCGAAAAGAUGAACAACCCGAAGGCAGCCCUGAUCCAAUACGGACGUGCCUGCUCAAUCGCUCCUCACUCGGUCUUGGCUCGCUUCCGGAAGGCCCGGGCUUUGAUGAAGCUGCAGGAACUGAAGCUCGCCUUGGCAGAGCUGAAGAUCCUGAAAGACAUGGCGCCGGACGAAGCCAACGUCCACUACCUCUUGGGUAAGCUUUACAAGAUGCUACAGGACAAAGCCAACGCGAUCAAACAUUUUACCACGGCCCUCAACUUGGAUCCUAAGGUAGUCUCCCCCCUCUUCCCCUUCUCUCUCUUAGAUUGGUCAUUAUUUUCUUUCUGUUUAUGCUCACUCUUUGCAGGCGGCGCAGUACAUCAAAGAUGCAAUGGAAGCUCUCGACGACGAGGACGAUGACGAUGACGAUAUGGCCUAAACUCUUUCUCUUGGAUGACACC